CCGGGGGAAACGUGGGCGCUCUCAACUCCGUGACAGACUGGCAGACGGACAGACGAGUUAAGAGAGAGAGAGAGAGAGAGACAGCGUACUUCAUUUGGAUGAACCCAAGUUCACGAAAAAGUUGCCCAUUUCUUCAGGCAUGAAGGCACAGCGAACAGCUAACUGCGUCAGGAGUUUCCAGAGAUGGAGAGCGUGCUGGAUUCGGUGGAGCAAAUAGUCUGCAACGUGCUGCCCCAGGCGGACGCCGACAGCGUCUUUAAGGACCUUAAUGUGGUUGGAAUGCUUCAUGAGUUCUGGGAGAGGAAACUGACAGGAGGAGCCCUGAGUCGGUCCGAGAGCCUGGUGGUAUAUGAGUCGGUGCCGUCCCCCAGCCCACCAUUUAUCUGCUAUGUGACUUUGCCAGGCGGGAGCUGUUUUGGAAAUUUUAAGUGCUGUCUCACCAAGGCAGAAGCCAGACGAGAUGCAGCCAGAGUAGCACUUAUGAAUUCUGUGUUUAAUGAGCUGCCCUUGCGCAGGAUAUCACAGGAAUUCAUUCAUCGCAGCAUCGAGGAGGCCGUUUCCAUGACCAGUGGCAGUUUAGGUGAUGCCAAGGAUCCUGGAACAAGCAUUGGAGCCUACUGCUAUAUGCUGCAGGCAAAUGAGGGCAAAACCAUGUUGGAAUUUCAGGAGCUGAUGACAGUCUUCCAACUGCUACAUUGGAAUGGCAGCCUUAAGCUUUUUAGGGAGCAAAAGCUCACCAGACAGGAGGUCAUUUCUUAUUACUCCCAGCAUCCGCUCGAUGGUUUCACAAGAAGUCACAUGGCACUGGACUGGAUGGUUAAAGAAGAAGAGACGCCUGGCCUCAUUUCUCAGGAGCUCCAGGUUGCACUUAAAGAGCUGGGAGAAGCCAGAAAAGCUGGACGAGAGCUCCGGUUUUACAAGGAAAAGAAGGAAAUCCUCAGCUUGGCUCUCAGUCAGAUGUUUGAGGUGAACGGAGCCCCUUGCACCAUGGAGAGGACCCUCUGUGAACACUCGUGGUCCGAGUCGAGCCUCAGCACAGAACCAUGAUGGUAAACGCAGAGAGAAUCAUUUAUGGUCUGGGGUGUGUGUCGUCACAUGAUGAAUUUGAAAUGUCUCCUAUGGUGAUGCCUCUGGCUACCGCUUCCUUUGAAGGAUUAAGGCUGCCAUUGCCUUAGCUUGUUUAGUUAGUUUACAAUGUUAGAUCCUGUUGAGGCAGCUGCUUUCUUUUUGUGAAUAAGUUUCUACUUUGUAAGAUUUGUAUUGUAUUUCUCUACUCACGUACGUACAUACAUACCUACAUUGUGAUCUCUCUUUAGACUUUUUACAUACAGUAAGCUAAUGGGCAUCAGGGUAUUAAAUUGGCAAAAAUGCUGUGAUGAUCCACAUGAUGGGGAGAGCACACUGCAGGUCAGUCUCCUUCAGCCAGACCUUGAUUAGCCAAUCACUGAUGGUCACUCAUCUUUAGUGAACGGUAACAUUAUCACUGCAUUGGUCUAAACAACCGGCUCGCCUUCCCUCCGUUAAUCUCUUUGCUUGACGUUUUUGACGUAGCCACUUGCGUUAAACUGAAUUGAAGUGUUAUCAUUCCGAUCUCUCUUUUAAGACUUAACCAAUAUUUAGACAGCUGAACUCCUCCCUGUAUCAGAUUUGCACUUUGGACACCAGGGUGUUCACAUCUCCAGUUGUAUUAGUAAAGAUCAUUUGUGAAACUGCAAAGCCAACAGACAAGUAAUAUUCAGCACGUAACUCAAUAGCAUGUGAAACAGUACGAGUAGUGCAGUGGCAAACACGUCUGACUGGCAUGUGAACACCAACACACAAAUGUCUGAAAAUAGCCCAGUAGCUAAUUGUAAACUGGUAUAUAGUGGUAAAAUGUCUUGUAUGUAACUUUCUGACAAUGCAACCAAAAGCUUAGGUAGGCAGGAUGGCUGGGGAUGGUUAACGUCUUUCUGACGUCGACUUUUGUCAAUAGGAGAAGCUGACGAUAAUCGGUAAUCAACUGUAAACUGUGACAAAACCAGUCAUUACGUUUUAGUUAGACUCUCGUUGGUAGAAGGAAAGAUAGCUUCAUUGGUUUUGAUCGAGACUUCCUGCGCUCCCGUGGGUAGCAAACCGCAGACAAUGGCAAAAAUGGAGCUGGCACUAGGCGAGAGAUCAAAGCAAAUGCGUAAAGCAAAAUACUCCGUGGACGACGUGUUGCCUGUUCUCUCUGAAUUGGACUAAGACUUGUCGGACUCUGAUUUUGAUACAAGCGAUCGAAAACAAAUAUGAGGUUUUGCAGCUUCAGCUGAUUGGUGCCCAGCAAAUCGUGGUGCUGAACAGGUUCAUGUAGCUGACACAGCCUAUGGCACUGUUCUAAGAAGUAGAAACCAGAUUGCAAUUCACUGUGACCGUGACCGCUGCCGCUGCCUCGUGCAGCCUCAUGCCUCACACAGCAUCACAUUCUUGGCCAACUGGCAGCCACUGCAUGGAGCAACAGACGUUUUAUGUUGAUUUCUGUGUGAAGCCAUUGCGUUUUAGAAAACAAUGUUUUUUGGAAAAAAUAU